GGCCCGGCGGCAGCGGCCCGCGGCGGGGAGCGGCGCGGGGGGAGCGGAGCGCGGGGCCGCCCGCCAUGGCCGACCAGAGCAACAUCCAGUCGGCCGCCUCCAAGAGCAUCCGCCCGUUCCGCUCCAGCGAGGAGUACCUGUACGCCAUGAAGGAGGACCUGGCCGAGUGGUUCAACACCCUCUACGAGCUGGACGUGCAGGCCGACACCUUCCUGGAGAGCCUGGAGACGGGCUGCGCCCUCUGCCAGCACGCCAACAACGUCAACCGCAGCGCCGGGGACUUCCAGCGGCGGCACCCGGCCGCCGCCGCCCGCAUGCGCGUCCCCCGGCGCGAGGUGGUCUUCCAGGCCCGCAACGUGGCGCCCGGCUCCUUCAUCGCCCGCGACAACGUCUCCAACUUCAUCCAGUGGUGCCGGCAGGACCUGGGCAUCCAGGACGUCCUCAUGUUCGAGACCAACGACCUGGUGCUGAAGAAGAACGAGAAGAACUUUGUCCUCUGCCUGCUGGAGGUGGCCCGGCGGGGCGCCAAGUUCGGCAUGCUGGCCCCCAUGCUGAUCCAGAUGGAGGAGGAGAUCGAGGAGGAGAUGCGGGACCAAACGGCCUCCGGCGCGCUGGGCGCGCACCACGAGGGCCGGGCCUCGCGCUCCCGGGCCCUCGCCUCGGCCAGCGGGGCGCAGCGCCUGGCCCUGUGCGACCUGAGGAACCUGGACGAGCUGGUGCGGGAGAUCCUGGGCUGCUGCACGUGCCCGUCCCAGUUCCCCAUGGUCAAAGUCUCAGAGGGUAAAUACAAAGUGGGAGACUCCAACGCGCUGAUCUUUGUUCGAGUGCUGAGGAGCCACGUGAUGGUGCGCGUCGGCGGCGGCUGGGACACGCUGGAGCAUUACCUGGACAAGCACGACCCGUGCCGCUGCGCCUCCCUCUCCCACCGCCUGCCCCCCGCCCGCCCCCCGGCCUUCUCCCCGCAGAAAGCAGCCGCCAGCCCCAGCACCCCGCGCCGCGCCGAGCCCGCCUGCCCCGGGGACCGGGACCGGGACCGGCGGCUCCCCGUUCCCGGGGGCUGCCCCCCGCCCAGCGGCAUCCCGAAGCCGGCAGCCGGUGCCGUCCUGCCCCCGCGCGUCCCCGCGCACAGCUCCGCCAGCCCGUCCAGGAGCCCCGGCGGCGCCCUCAGGCCCCGUGACCCCGCUCCCGCCCGCGCCCGGCGCCACUCCGGGGACAGCGACUCCUCAUCGGUGUCAUCGGUGUCCUCGGCGGGGCCACCGCGGGGCCACCGGCCUGCAACCCCCGCGGCCCCCUCGCCCCGCCGGCAGCCCCCCGGCCGCAGCCGCUCGGGCGACCGCAGCCCCCUGCCCCUGCGCAAGCCCCCCGCGGGCCUCGGGGACGAGCGGGGCCGCCCGCGUGUCCCCAACGGGCCGGGCACGGGGCCGCCGCGUGCCCGCAGCCAGGGCCGCCCCGGCGCCGAGGCCGUGCUGCUGAUCCGCCGCGGGCGCGACGGGCAGCACUCGUGGGCACGCACCGACGGCGGCACCCGCACCCCGGCCAGGGUCCCGGCCCCCCGGCGCUCCUCGCUGCCCGGGGGAGCGGGACGGGACCGGGACCGGGACGGGGACGGGGACGGCGAUGGGGACGCCUUCCAGGAGGAGCUGGAGGAGCUGGUGCGGAGGCUGCGGGCCCCGCUGCGGCUGGAGCCCGGGCAGGAGCAGCAGCUGCUGGGCAGGCUGGAGGAGGAAUUUUUGGCCAACACGCGGCUGAUGGAGCUGGAGGACGGCGAGCCCUCGCCCCCCGCCGCCCGCCCGACCCAGGGGACCCCCGAGCCCGGCGGCGGGGCGGCCGCCGACUCGGCCUACUGCUCCUCCUCGUCCUCCUCGUCCUCCCUCAACGUCUUCGGCAAGCACGGCGGGGCCGGGCCCCCCCCGGCCGCCUCCCACCCGCAGGAGGGCAGCGGGGGGCACGGGCGCCCGUCCAGCUCCUCGGACGAAAGCAGCUUGGUGCCAGCCUCCGGCGCCGAGUCCGACCUCGAGUGGGUGCCGGCGGAGGAGGAGGAGGAGGACGACGAGGGGCCGGGGGACGCGGGGAUGCCGGGGGUCCCCUGCCCCGCACCCCCCGCCCCGCAGCCCCGCGCCAAGCCGCGGCUGGACACGCAGCCCGGCAAGAAGCCCUCCCGCAUCCCCACGCCGCGGCCCCCCGGCGGCCCCCAGCCCUGGCGGGCCCUGCAGAGCGUCCUCUCCUCCCUGCUGGAGCCCCCCUGGGCACCGCGGGAGGCCGAGGGGCUGGAGGAGGAUGCCUGGCCCUGAU